AUGUCAAAUCCUCUUGCACCGCUCUCAUCCUCCUACCAGAACGCGCGCGCGCAGUCUCCAAUGGGCUCUUCGCCUUUCCUUCACAAGACCGUUGAUGCUCUGGCCGAGUCUGCAAUUCCAUCAAGUCCACUUAAGAGGGAAUGGUCACACUACGCGGAGCCGAGCCCGAACCCUUACGACGAAAACGAGAAAUACUACCCUAACGAGCCCGAAAUGGCAAAUGAACACGAGAAUGACGAUUUCAACGACACUGAGUCCUACCAAAAUGCUGGAAGUUCACCGUUUCAGCCUGAUGCGCGCGAAGAUACUGUGGAUUUUCAGAGGAUGCGCCAAAUGCGACAAGCGUCCCCGCUUGCGCGUCCGCAACUUGUUCCGUUAGAGGAAGAGAGCCCUGGAAGCUCCCCAUUCCGACCCACAGCUACAGACUACACUCUGGAUUUCCAAGAUCUACGUGAGGCGCACCCGAUGUCACCUGGCUUGGACAAACGGCUAGCCCUAGAGGACCCGGAGAGUUCACCAUUCCGCCCCGAUGCUAGAGAUGAGACAGUCGAUUUCCGAAGGCUGCGCCAGACACAGCAGGAGUCGCCCCUAUCGCGACCGUGCCUUGAGCCAUUGGGAGAAGAGAGCCCCGCAAGCUCUCCGUUCCGCCCUCAUGCACGCGAAGAGACAGUGGAUUUCCAAAAGCUACGGGAAGCGGAGCCAAUGUCGCCUGGACUAGGAAAGCGGCUGGCUUUGGAAGACCCGGCCAGCUCUCCGUUCCGUCCUGAUGCGCGGGACGAGAUGGUUGAUUUUAGCCGUUUGCGCGAAAUGCAGAACUCGUCGCCAACACUUGAGCAGCCGCGGUUGACCCAGCCAAUUGACGAUGUUGAAAGCUCUCCCUUACGCCCUGUAGCAAGAGAAGAGGCACCUGUUUUACCGGAAGAUGAGAUAAAACUAGAAGCGCCAGCCGUCUCUCCGCAUUCUUCACCUGCUGUUGUACCAAGUUCACCGCUUCGGACCGAAGAGAAGGAAUUUGUUGGCUUGCAUAGUCCACAUGAGAUGCAGGGGGAGCCCCCGGCUGUUCCUAAGCACUCUUCACCUGCAGUAGCACCAAGUUCACCACGUCGUCUAGUAACCCAAGAGGUCACCGAGUCUCCAAAAUUACAUAGCCGACGAGAGUCACCCGCAGCCUCGAAGCAUUCUUCACCUGUGGCCCCUCGCUCACAAUUGAGAAGAGCCUCCAAGGAGAACACCCUUGAGAUCCAGAAACCGCGCCAACUUUCUCGCGCAUCCCUCGCGAGCUCGAGUACAGCAACACCUCGCAAAAGAACUUACGACCAAACACCCCAGGAUCAGGAAGAUAAUUUGCAGAUGAAUGAGCGCUGCAAGAAAGGCAUGACUAGCCGGUCAGAUGUAUCAGAUGCGCCGGAGAUUCAUAUUGAUGCUGAAGAGGAGUCUAGUGUCAUCCACAACGACAGCAUGUUAUCUGCUGGUAGUGCUAUUCAUGACCGAUCAGCCAUUGGAAACAGCAUGAUGGAAGACAAACAGAACGAAGGCAUGAGCACAGUCCUUCACGGAGAUGGCGACAAAGAAAAGGGCGGUCACGAUACAAACGAGCACUCUAUGGUGGAUGACUCAAUGAAUGAUACUUGCUUGAGCACCUUUUCUGCCGUGCCAGACAUGACAACCUUCGCAAAGCUCCGCGCCGGGUCACCAAUGAAGUCAGUGCGAGGCAGCGUCGCACCCAGUCCAGCUCAUGGCAGGGAUGAUUACCGACGUAACGAACCAAGCCCCCCCAGCACAGCACGCCGAGCAUACAGAGCUAGCGCCUACCUCGAUGAAAACUCACCCACUGGGUCACCCACACCCAGGCGCAAAAUGUCUCGGGAUAUGCCAAAUCCCGUUGACUCGGCCAAUUUGCUUGAUUUUACCGAUCAGAUGAACUUCCAUCCUCGCCAAUCCAUGGAGAAUGCUCGCUUCUCUCCCUCGCGGCGCUCGCCAUUGCGGCCUGCCCGCCAGUCCAUUAGAUCGCCUGGAAAGAUGUCUCUAUUAGACUUUGAUAUCCUGCCGGCGCCUACUCCUCGAUCCAUUCCCACGGUCACUCCCCGUGAAUUGGAGUCACUAAAGUCUGGUUUCAUGUCUGAGAUUUCAUCACUCAAAGCUACUCUUAGCGGCAAAGAGGCCGAGGUCGCUAGCCUGAAGACAGCAGUGACAGACGCUGAGUGUCGUGUUGGCGAGGCACUGGAAGAGAUCCGCCAUGAAGCCGCGAACAAAGAAGCGCUCGAGAUGGAGCAAGCUGAGUGGGGCCGUCAAGCCAAGGAGAUGGAAAGUGUGCUGCGAUCAGUCCAAUCUGAGUUGAAUGACGGCGAGCGUGAGCGAGAACGUCUGACUAAGAAGGCUGAAGAGGCUGAAAAGAGCAAAGAGAGGCUAGAGCGCAAGAUUGUUGAGCUUGAAAGCCAACUGUCUGCUGUACGCGCAUCUUGCCUUUCCAGCUCUGCCAAAACUAGUGCUUCUGAACAAUCCUCCAACUCCGCUGAAGAUACCGCCCGGGAAGUCCAGGAUGCCGUUGAAAAGGUUGCCCGAGAACUGCACACGCUUUACAAGGGCAAGCACGAAACCAAGGUCGCAGCCCUAAAGAAGAGCUAUGAGUCUCGCUGGGAGAAACGCCUGCGUGAGGUGGAGAAGAAGCUCACUGCUUCCCGCGAGGAGAAUGAGCAUCUCCGGGCCGAGCGUGACAAUGCACACUCCGAAUCCAUGGCGGCAGCCAACACUAGCCAAUUUGCCCAUGAGAACGAGGAGCACGAGGCCGAAAAGCAUGUCAUGGAGGCUCAAAUCAAGGGUCUGCAGCAGGAAAUGGCUGCUCUCAAGGAGGAUACUGAGCGUAUCCGCGCAGACCUGAAGACUGAACGUGCCGAGAAGGGCGAGCUCGUUGCUGCCGUUGACGAGUGGUUGGCUAUGCAACAGGCUCCCGCCCCUCGAAGCCGCGAGGCUUCUGUUGCUUCUUCUGUGCACCAUGACUCAUUGGAAGACCAGCGCCAACCUUCUCGUGAGGUCACACCGGAUGAGUUCAAUCGCAGUGUCAGCCGCUCUAUGUCUGGCAGCAUCCGCCCACCUGCUACUGCAGAAAAACGAAUUCCAAGAUUUGGUGCUCCCGGAGGACAUUCUCGCGGCACCAGUGGUGGCAAGUCUGGCAUCGCGAUGCCAACCCCGGGGCGUGGAAUCAUGGGUUCUAUUGAGAGGAUGGGUCGUGGUGGUGCUUAG